AUGCGAGAAAAUGUGAUUAAUACUAGGGCGUGCCCCCAAAGCGACGAGAAGAACCAUGCAGCCCACAUGCCAAAAGUCCGCAUAGUUUGUUGGAAUGUGGGCUCCAUGACAGGACGCAGCUUAGAACUAAGCGAAGUGUUGCUCAGAAGACGCAUCAGCAUCUGCUGUAUACAGGAGACGAAAUGGAAGGAGUCUAAAGCGCGCAAUAUUGCGUAUGCUCCACAAACAGGGUUGCCACAAGCAGAAAAACAAACUUUCUGGGACGAUCUUCACAAUCUGACUCAAUCCAUACCAAAAACGGAGUCAAAAUACAUCGGAGCAGAUUUUAAUGGGCACGUGGGACAAAUCACGAACGACUCCUUUAGGGAAAUUCACGGUAACAAGGGUUAUGGGGAUAAAAACUCCCAGGGUGAUGAUAUUUUAUAUUUCGCGUACACAUUUAAUAUGGCAAUUGUCAACACCUUCUUCACCAAACCAAACGAACACUUAAUAACAUAUUCUUAUAUAUAUUAUAUAUAUUAUUGGAGACAAAUGCACACAGGUGGAUUACAUCCUAGCGGACAGGAAACAUCAACAAACAACAAAAAUGGC